AUGGGAAACAAACAUCAGAUUCAAAGGGCUGUCAGUUCUAAAUCUUUUAGAAAACAGUGGUCUCUUGAUGAUUUUGAAAUUGGUCGUCCUUUGGGAAAGGGAAAAUUUGGAAAUGUGUAUCUGGCUCGUGAGAAGGAGAGCAAAUUCGUCUUGGCAUUGAAGGUCUUGUUUAAAAUACAGCUGGAGAAAGCAGGUGUUGAGCAUCAGCUGCGUCGGGAAGUAGAAAUACAGUCUCAUCUUCGGCAUCCCAAUGUUCUCCGAUUAUAUGGCUAUUUCCACGACACAACAAGAGUCUACCUAAUCCUGGAGUAUGCGCCUCAUGGGGAAGUGUACAAAGAGCUUCAGAAGGUUACCAAGUUUGAUGAGCAGCGAACUGCUACUUAUAUCACUGAAUUGGCAGAUGCGCUGUUGUAUUGCCACUCAAAAAGAGUAAUUCAUAGAGACAUAAAGCCUGAAAACUUGCUGCUGGGAUCAAACGGAGAACUGAAGAUUGCUGACUUUGGAUGGUCUGUGCAUGCUCCCUCCUCUAGGCGGUCAACCCUGUGUGGUACACUUGACUACUUACCGCCUGAAAUGAUUGAAGGGAGGACACAUGAUGAGAAGGUGGACCUCUGGAGCCUUGGUGUUCUCUGUUAUGAAUUUCUAGUAGGAAAGCCUCCUUUUGAGUCCAAAACAUACCAGGAAACAUACAGAGCAAUCUCAAAGGUGGAGUACAGAUUUCCUCCUUUUGUAACAGAGGGAGCAAGAGAUCUGAUUUCCAAGCUUCUGAAGCAUAAUCCUUACCACAGGCUGCCACUGGAAGAAGUGCUCAAACAUCCCUGGGUGACUGCCAACUCUACGAAAUCUCCCAGGCACCGAAUCACUGAAGCCACUACCACUAAAGCAGCUCAGUCCUAGGCCAGCGAGCAUUGCAGUAUUGUAGUUUUGUGGCAGCCCGUAGUUGUAAUUAAUUACAACUAUUGGAACGCACCCAACAUAGGCUGCUUAGAGUUGAACUCGAUAAAGGCAGAGGAGAAUUCGCACUACGAGCUGUUUAUUGUGAAACUUCUAACUUUGCAGCUCAAACUUUCUGGGGCUUCCCAGUGCAGUUUCACGGGACAUGGAUACCUUUUACUUGAGUUCAGUUGCACAUGAUCCAAACGCACCCAGGCACAACUGGUCAAAGGCCCUC